AUGGACUUCCUGGAGACCGACGCUCAGACUAUGGCUGAUUGGGACGUGGAUUAUAUUAAAAUGGAUGGGUGCUAUAGCGAUGCAGCCGUGCAGGCCCUGGGCUACCACGCCUUCAGUAGAUUUCUCAAUGCCACCGGCCGACCAAUCGUAUUCUCAUGCAGCUAUCCUGCUUAUGAACCUUGGAUGGAGCCCACCUUUCCCUUUAAUUGGACGAUGCUGAAGCAGGACUGCAAUCUGUGGAGAAUGCUGGAUGAUGUGCAGGACUCCUGGACGUCCGUGCUAGGCAUUAUUGGUGCCUAUGAGAAACACUAUGUAGAGCUGGCGAUGCAUGCAGGUCCCGGCCACUGGAAUGAUCCGGACAUGCUGUUACUAGGCAACUAUGGCCUGUCGAAGGAGCAGCAGCGAGUUCAGAUGGGCAUGUGGGCCAUGUUUGCGGCACCACUACUUAUGUCCACUGACCUCGGUGCGAUUAGCAGUGAGUCGAAGGAGCUGCUGCAGUCGGAUCUCCUGCUGCAGAUUAACCAGGAUCCUUUGGGGUUGCAGGCCACCUUUCGUAGCAACAUUGGUGGCAUAAAGGUAAGUCAGCACGAGCGAAGAUGUGAUUAUUACGACUCCUCCGGCGGUCCAGUACGCAUAGUCGUUUCGCUGCUCGACCUGGAUAUCACUAAAGCGCCUCCACCCUUCUACCUAACUGAUGCAUUUUCUGGGAAAAUGGUUGCAACUGUGGACUACAGCACUCCCUUCGAGGUGCGCAUAAAUCCCAGUGGCAUCGUCCUGCUCAUUGUUCACCCCCACACUUAG